UUGGAAACCAGCAGAGCCGCGGUCUGCCCCCAGACUUCGGCACUUUUGGGACCCCGCCCCUUCCAGCCGGCACCAGCCGGGAUUACCUGGCAUGGUCCGGCAUUUGGUGUCACCCUGAAAAUAUGGCUCAGACCAAUCAGUGGAAACUUUGCUUUUCUGGACGAGCAUUCAUUGGUUAAUAAGUCAGAGCCCGUUCUGUUGUCUGUAUUGGCCACUGUCGCUGUCAGUCAAGGCUGUGGGUCGAACCUUGCCCCUCUCUUUGUCUGUACAAGCUCUUGUUGUCUGGGAGAGCGGCAGAGGUGCUGUUGCAGAUUGGUUACCGGGAGAAACCCCUGGUCUCUUCCUAUUGGUCCGUCCAACGAAGGGAGAUGCUGAUUGGUAGGACGGAGCAACCUGGAUGCUAGUUGGCGGAGCCCUCUCCGGAUGGAACCUCCGGCCGGGGAGUGAUGGUGGCGGCAGCGAAGAUGGGCCGGGCAGGGACGAUGGAGAGUCCGGCAGCGUCUUCUCUUGAGGGAGCAAUUUGGAGAAGAGCUGGAACCCAGACUCGCGCCCUGGAUGCCAUCCUUUAUCAUCCACAACAUUCCCAUCUGGUUGGGAGCACUGCUCUGGCUUCGAGAGCUGUGCCCAGGAGUGAACAACCAGCCCUACCUCUGUGAGAGUGGCCACUGCUGCGGGGAGACUGGCUGCUGCACCUACUACUAUGAGCUCUGGUGGUUCUGGCUGCUCUGGACUGUCCUCAUCCUCUUUAGCUGCUGUUGCGCCUUCCGCCACCGACGAGCUAAACUUCGGUUGCAACAGCAGCAGCGGCAGCGUGAGAUCAACUUGUUGGCCUACCACGGGGCAUGCCACGGCACUGGGCCAGUCCCUUCGGGUUCACUGCUUGACCUUCGCCUCCUCAGCGCCUUCAAACCCCCAGCCUAUGAAGAUGUGGUUCACCGUCCAGGCACACCACCACCUCCUUAUACUGUGGUCCCAGGCCGCCCCUUGACUGCUUCUGGAGAAUGCACCUGCCGCUCCUCUGCAUCCAGCUGCCCUGCCCACUGCGAGAGGACAAACGUGGAAGGUGUUUCCUCCCACCAGAGGGCCCCCCCUCUUCAGGAGGGUGCGCCUGGGGCAGGCGUGAGCCCGGCCCACACGCCCCCCUCCUGCCGCUACCGUCGCCUGACUGGGGACUCCGGGAUAGAGCUCUGCCCUUGUCCUGACUCCAGCGAGGGCGAGCCAGUCAAGGAGGGGAGGGCUAGUGCUACCCCAUCAGAUCUGGAGGACCACUCCCCUUGUGCACUACCCCCAGAUAGCAUACCCCAGGUCUCUCCCAUGGGGCUGGCAUCCAGUGAAGGGGACAUCCCGUGAACAGUUUUGGGAGGGUAUGUGGUUAAUUGCCCACCAGAAAACAGUCCUGGUCCCAACUCUUUUAAGUUCUCCUUGGUCCCUACCUGCCUUCUUAGAAUCUGCCUCAAAGAGCUGGAGCCCUGAGAGGGGCAGUGUUGGGGGACUGUGCUAGCUCCACCCCCUCUUCCCCCAGACGUACACAGGAGCCUUUGAUCUCAUUAAAGAGAUGUGAACCA